CGAACUCCCCGCAGCGACGGGCGAUGGUGGAGCAGUACCGGCGGGAGACGGUCAUGGGAACCGGGGUCGCCGAGCGCAAGGUGCUGGGCAUGGCGUCCAAGGAGAAGAUCGACGACAUCAUCGCGAGCGGAGGGUACUACGAGGAGGCCUUCGGGCGAGACUCGAAGCACUUCCCGGCGACGGGCCUGCGGCGAACGGCGGCGUACGGCAAGGUAGGUGCGAUGGGUCUCGGCGCGAAGGACAGGGCCAACGGCAUCGGCCUGGACUACACCGAGGGCGCGCUCGCGUUCAAGGCCAAGGACCACAGGCCAAUCAAAUCGAGUUUGGGCGUCGACGCGAAGACGACGCCGGCGGAGCACUCGCGCCUGUGCCAACUCGUCGCCCCCGAGGCGCCGUCGCUGCCCACGGACCGCGGCUGGUCCAUCAUGGGAAGGAGGACGGGGGGCGGGAACAUGAUGGGCGGGAACCCUAAUAAGUCAUCCGCGUUCGACGGCGAGGACACCGCGAUGAACGCGGCGCUCCCGGCGCCGGCGCCAAUGGACAAAUCGCCAAAGGGGAUGCGACCCGGGGAUAGGCGCGACUCCGCGUACCUCCGCUCGGAGAACGCGACGCCGAACGGUCGUGACGGCACGAAAGCGUUUGACACGGCGUCACCCCACCAACGCGGGACCCACGAAGGGAGCGGCGGGCCCGGACGAAGGGAUGGCGGACGAAGAGGAGAAGGAGCUAAAGCGGGUGACGGGACGGAGGACUCAACGUCGGUGCUCGCGACGCUGUACGGCGCCGGCGACGCGGUGCGGCAACUGAGUUUGGCGGAGCGCAAGGCGCUGUUCGAGGUUGGGGUACACGAGCACGUGUCCGCGCUGACGGAGCUGCUGUUCCCGGAGGAGGACGGCGUGAGCCCGCGGGUCAACAUAGACGUAUCCGUGUAACCAGUCCGGCGGCUUUGUCG